GGCCUACUCGAUCCAUCCCCUGUCCUCUUCUUUCUUAGCUUGAGCUCGUAGCUGGAGCCUGGAGCGCAACGCAACACAACGACGACGCUCCCGCCGACCGCCUGUCCUGCGGCUACAGCCGAUAAGCUGGCCGGUGUAGCAGCGAGACAAACAAGGCCUUUUUUUCGCUCAGCUCGCACCCCCCGCGCCCUUCAUUCCACGCGGGUCGUCGUUGUAGUUCUUCGAGCAAGCAGCUCUGAGCCUGAGCGCCGCGCGACCAGUCUCGAUCCAGGCCACCGAUGGGGCGCGCGCCGUGCUGCGAGAGGAGCGGGCUGAAGAAGGGGCCGUGGACGCCAGAGGAGGACGAGAAGCUCGUCGCCUACAUCAAGAAGCACGGCCAGGGAAACUGGCGCACCCUCCCCAAGAAUGCCGGGCUCGCACGGUGCGGGAAGAGCUGCCGGCUGCGGUGGACUAACUACCUGAGGCCGGACAUCAAGCGCGGCCGCUUCUCCUUCGAGGAGGAGGAGGCUAUCAUCCAGCUCCACAGCAUCCUCGGCAACAAGUGGUCAGCGAUCGCGGCGCGGCUGCCCGGGCGGACGGACAACGAGAUCAAGAACUACUGGAACACGCACAUCCGCAAGCGCCUGCUCCGCAUGGGCAUCGACCCCGUCACCCACGCGCCGCGCCUCGACCUCUCCGCGCUCCUCAAGCCCGCCGCCGCGUACUACCCCACGCAGGCCGACCUCGACACGCUCCGCGCCUUGGAGCCGCCGCUCGCCAGCUACCCGGACCUCCUCCGCCUCGCCUCCGCCCUGCUCUCCGGCCGCCCGGCCGCGCCCGCGAUCGGCGAGCACCGGCAGCAGCAGCUUCUGCCGUGGAUUCUGCAGCAGGCGGUCGCCAGCAUCAGCAUGGCGCAGCAUGCUGUUGCCGCCGGAGCAGCGUGCCAAAUGCCGCCGCCGGACCUGGUCCACAACACGAACCCGCCGACGGUGCAGCAGCAUCAGCUCGCGGCCGCGCAGCACCAGCCCCAAGACGUGGUCUGCCACAGCAUGCAGCCGCCUACGGCGGGCUACGUCGACAGCCCUCUGGACGUCCCGGCGCUGAUGCAGGCAGCGCAGCCCGACGCGACGAACCUGCAGCAGUGGAACAGCACGGUGACGAGCAGCGGUAACAACCACAACAGCGUCGGCUCCGGCGUGUCCACACCAACGUCUUCCAGCCCGGUGCCGCGGUUGGAUCACUCCACCACCUGCGUCGCCACGACGUUCGGCGGCGGUGGCGCCAGCACCGACGACGUCGCCGCGCUGUUCGACAUGCAGCUGUCUGAGCUGCUUGAUGUGAGCGACUACAUGCUGUAAUAACAACAGAGAGAGAGAGAGAGAGAGAGAGAGAGAGAGAGUCACGCGAGUGCACGGACUGUUCAUCACGUACCGCAAGGCCGGGCAAACGGAAAUCUAUGUCACGACGGACGACGCAUUUUUUGUACAGGAUUAUUGUUGCACCUCCUUUAUCCAGUUGUUCGUUCAUGGUCAGACCAGUGAUUAAUUACUGCUGUAAUUUUCGUC